AUGAAUUCUAAGAGUAUAUCACCACCGUUGAAAGUGAUCAUUAUAGGCGCUGGUAUUGCCGGCCUCUCUGCAGCCAUUGCAUUGGGAAAACAGGGUCAUGAUGUUGUGAUCCUUGAAAAGUCUCGUUUUGCAAAAGAGACUGGUGCUGCUAUACAUCUGCCACCUAAUUGUACAGCAUUGUUGACAUGGAUGGAUAUUAACCCUGAGGAUUUCGGGGGUACCUUGCUUCGAGAGAUGCAUAGAUACCGUCAUGAGGGUGACCUCAAAUACAUUAAGGAUUUUGCAGAAAUGAGGAAAGCAUGGCAAAGUGAAUGGUACUUAGUUCAUCGAGUCGAUUUGCACAACCACUUAAAAGGGGUUGCAUUAGAGACGACUGUCAUUCACACCGGCUGCAAGAUUGUCGACGUGAAUACGGAAGACCGUCGUGUCAUUCUUGACGAUGGCAGAGAGUUUACGGCUGACCUUCUCCUCGGCGCUGAUGGAGCUCAUUCCACGUUUCGAUCUCAUAUCGCUCCGGGCUCCGCUAACCCUUAUCCCACGGGAAAAGCCUGCUUCCGAUGGCUAAUCCCAGUCCAGUCAUUGGCGCAAUCAGAAUACACCCGGGAAUUUGUUCAGAAGCCCGGAGUAUUUAUUGAAUGGGCUGCUGAUGACCGGAGAUUGGUUGCCUAUCCCUGUUCUGACAAUACAGUCUUUAAUCUCGCCGGAUUUGUACCAACAGCUGAAGCGGGCGUACAAGAUAUGUCUGAAGAAAAAGGAUGGCAAAUAACCGGAAGCAAAGACGCAUUGGCGCAAAGCUUCGCCCAAUUCUCGCCAAGGGUUCGUGAAUUGAUCAAUCUUGCCGAAGACAACCUCAAGGUGUGGCAAUUAUACGAUAUGGGGUCACUCACGACCUGGGUCAAAGGUCGGGCAGCUCUGAUCGGGGAUGCAGCACACCCAUUUCAACCAUACAUGGGUCAGGGAGGUGCAAUGGCUAUUGAAGAUGCAGUAAGUAUAGCCAUUCUACUCCCGCGAGACACUACGAUCGAUGAUAUUCCAGCGCGUCUACGACUGUAUGAAUUAGCUCGGAGGUCUAGAGUUGAGAAAGUUCUUGAGUAUACGCGCAUGAAUGGACGAGAUGAAAACGAUUUGACCGGGCCAAGAAUGUCACCUGCCGAUAUGGUUCAGUUCUUGCGCAUGUGCUUUGCGCAUAACGAGAUAGAAAACUCUGGCGACUUACUUGCUCGGUAUCGAGCUGGCCAAUUGUCCAUCUAA